CGAUAUGAACAAGUUAAUUGUAACCUACAGUUUGGAAAAUUUUAUUUUGAGACGACCCCGCAACUCUUCAUUUGGAAGUAAGAAAACAUAAACAUGAUGGAUUCCGAACUCCAAAAAAAGUUGUCUAGUGAACUCGAAAAAUACCAGAGUUUACAAAAGGAACACCAAAAGUAUGUGAAAGCAAGGCAAGUGUUGGAUGGUCAGUUGAGCGAGAACAAACUUGUCAAGGAGGAGCUGGAUAGACUGGAGGUGGCAGCUAAUGUGUACAGAAUGAUUGGGCCCGUGUUGGUGAAGCAGGAAGUCACUGAGGCCAAGGAGAAUGUGCAGAAAAGAAUAGACUACAUUAGUGGAGAGGUAACAAGACACGAAGGUUUGAUUAAAGACGUAGACAAGAAGCAAGAUGCAAUGAAAGAGGCUCUACAGAAAUUACAGUCUCAAUACCAGCAAAUGCAGCAGAAAGCUGCAAAGUCGUAGUGACUGAAAUCCAUAAAACUAUUUUAUACCAGUCCUAGGGUUCUAUUGAACUCCUGUGGUUUCCAUCAGCCGUGAAAGCAUGACAGCUUAGGUGUUAUUGAACAAAAAUGUGUUUUUUAGCUGUAAAAUUGUCACAAAAUCAAAACUGUUGCUUACAACACUUUGGCUGUGUACAUGUGUUUGUAGUAUAUGUUUAAUAAAUUUCCAUCAGAAGGGAAAGAUACUAAAUUAGCUAAAAAAUAAUGGAUUCGGGUUGUAUUUUUGUGUCACUUACUUAAAAUCACUCUACCUGACUGAAACUAAUAUUAAUUUUUAAUAAAAAUCUGUAAAAGCUUGCUAUAAAUAAUUACUCUGUUGAACAAUCCAGAAGUUUGUGUAAUUUUAGAAUUUGUAAUUUCCAGUGAUUAAAAUAUAAUGGAACUAA